AUGUCCACGGAGACAAACAAGGACCCCUCUUUGAGUGGUGCUCCGUCCUUGAGCGAUGCAUCAGAUUCGGCAUCGGCGGCUCAAGCCCCGCCAGAACCGCCAUAUAGCAUCUUUGACAAAAGGCAAAAGUGGUUAGUCGUGGCUUUGGUUUCAACGGCAGCGACCUUCUCGGGGUUUGCAUCAAAUAUCUAUUUUCCAGCUCUACCGACAAUUGCGGACGACUUAAACGUCUCACUGGAGCUUGUCAAUCUUACGGUCACGUCCUAUCUCAUUUUUCAGGGAAUUGCGCCUAGUCUUUGGGGUCCUGUAUCGGAUGUCAGGGGACGAAGAAUUGCUUACAUCUGUACCUUCAUCGUUUUUAUCGGCGCAUGCAUCGGGUUGGCGGAAACGAAAAAUUAUGCCACGUUGAUUGUGCUCCGAUGUCUUCAGAGUACUGGAAGUGCAAGCACCAUAGCCAUUGGCUCCGGUGUUAUUGGAGACAUUACCACACGCGCAGAGCGCGGAGGUUUCAUGGGAAUUUUCCAGGCCGGGCUUUUGGCACCUGUUGCCAUUGGGCCGGUUAUAGGUGGUGCUUUGGCUGGCUCAAUGGGCUGGAGAUCUGUAUUCUGGUUUCUGAUGAUUUACGCUGCUGUGUUUCUACUCGUUCUCAUCUUUGUACUGCCUGAAACGCUUCGAUCCAUAGUCGCCAAUGGUAGCGUCUCGUCGUCUAACCCGAUGACUCGCUUUCCGUUGCAGACUUAUCAAAAGCUUUCGAAGGUGGAAACAGAUCCGAAUACUCCGCCCCCUCAGCUCGCGGCCAGAAAGAACGUUGAUAUUUUCGGCCCUUUUCGCAUUCUUAUUAGCAAGCAGGCUGCUCCGAUCAUCCUUUUUCUCGCUAUUUACUAUGCUGUGUGGCAGAUGAGCAUCACAGCUAUGUCAUCGCUGUUCAAGGAUCGCUACGGUCUCACUGAGAUCCAGAUUGGUCUCACGUUCAUUGCUAAUGGCGUCGGGUCUAUCAUCGGAACAUUGAUAACGGGGAAAAUACUCAAUCUUGAUUAUGGUCGUGUCAAAGGAAGUUUCGAAGCAAGAGUUUCUACUGAUGUUGAAGAUGAAAGUGCGGUAUCUCAGACCAAGAGCAACCAGGAAGACUUUCCGCUUGAAAAGGCUCGCCUCCGGCUUGUACCGUUCUUCUCGCUGCUCCAAUGCCUGUCACUUCUUCUGUUCGGGUGGACAAUUCAGUUGCCCCAUAGCGUUCACAUCGCAGUUCCGAUUGUCUCUACUUUUAUUACCGGAUGGACCGCUGUCUCGAUGCAAUCUGUUAUCAUGACCUACCUCGUUGAUAUCUAUCACGACAAAAGUGCCGGGGCUAGUGCAAGCCUUAAUUUAGCACGAUGCUUGUUUGCCGCUGGCGGCACAAGUUUCGUCAUGCCGCUGAUCAAUGCCGUUGGCGUUGGUUUGACUUUUACCAUUUGUGUAAUUGUCCAGGUCGUCGCAUUGAUUGGUCCGCUACUGCAGUGGAAAUUUGCAGCUGGCUGGAGAAAGAAGGCCGAAGCACAGAACACACAGAAUGCGUAA